AGACAGGAGGCGCGAGACAGAGAGACAGGAGGCGCGAGACAGAGAGACAGGAGGCGCGAGACAGAGGAGGGCAAAGAGAGAGACCUCGUCACAGCGAUCCUUCCCACACUAUAACACAAAAACCGCCUCCGUUAUAGAUUUCACUGAAUCUGAAACAACAGGUUUUUGGAGAACGACGCAUAAGAACUCCAGAGGAGAAGAAACAGUUUCCAUCAUGAACAUGGCGCGUUUCCGGACGGUUCUCUGGUCUCUCCUGUGUUUAUUGGAAUGCGGGUUAAUUUCCGCCUUUAACCUGGACACAGAGAACGUGAUCAAGAAAACCGGGGAUCAAAACAGCUUGUUCGGGUUCUCACUCGCCUUCCACCGACAACUCGACCCGACUGACAAAAGAAUGCUGCUGGUUGGUGCUCCCAGGUCAAAGAAACUAUCCAAUCAGAAGUCAACAAUAACAGGAGGCUUGUACAAUUGUGAUAUCAGCUCCACCAGUUCAGCCUGCCAGCGAGUGAAUUUCGACAAUAAUGAGGACCUGUCCCAGGAGAGCAAAGAUAACCAGUGGAUGGGUGUCACAGUGCAGAGUCAAGGACCAGGGGGCAAGAUUUUGACAUGUGCACAUCGCUACCAGAAGAGACAAUAUACCAACUUGCCGCAGGAGACACGGGACAUCACGGGGCGCUGCUACGUGCUCAGUCAGCAGCUGAAAAUCGACGAGAGCUCUGGUGACGAGGGAGGAGACUGGAGCUUCUGCGAGGGCCGAGCCAGGGGUCACGAGCGAUUCGGCUCCUGCCAGCAAGGUCUCUCGGCCACCUUCACCAAGGACUACCACUACAUAGUGUUUGGAGCACCCGGAGCCUUCAACUGGAAAGGCGUUGUACGCAUGGAGCAGAAAAACAACACACUGCUAGAGUUGGGUAUCUAUGAUGAUGGACCAUAUGAGGUCAAAUACACAACGCCUGAAGGACUCGAUGAAGUGGCUGUUCCUGCUAACAGCUAUUUAGGAUUCUCUCUUGACUCUGGUAAGAUGUUGACUAAGAAAGGUCAGCUAACCGUGGUGGCUGGAGCUCCGAGAGCCAAUCACAGUGGAGCUGUGGUUCUGUUGAGGAAGGAGCCAGAAACAUCUAUUAUGGUCACUGAGUACAUCAUCGAAGGAGAAGGCCUGGCUUCAUCUUUUGGCUACGAACUUGCAGUGGUUGAUUUAAACGGAGAUGGAUGGGAGGAUCUUGUAGUUGGAGCGCCUCAGUUCUUUGUGAAGGAUGGUGACAUCGGUGGUGCUGUUUAUGUCUACAUCAAUCAGAAUGGACAUUGGGAGAAGGCCGUUCCGACCAGAAUAGACGGAGCCAAAAACUCCAUGUUUGGGCUGUCUAUUGAAAACCUUGGUGACAUUAACCUGGAUGGGUUUAAUGAUGUGGCUGUCGGGGCUCCGUAUGAUGAAGAAGGAGCAGGAUGUGUCUACAUCUAUCAUGGUUCGAGCAGCGGCCUCAAAAAAGAACCUGUUCAGGUUCUGAAAGGAAAAGACCUAAACAUUAAGAUGUUUGGUUACUCCUUAGCUGGUAACAUGGAUUUAGACAACAAUCAAUUUCCAGACUUGGCCAUCGGAUCUCUCUCUGACACCGUAGCCGUGUACAGAGCAAGGCCGGUGGUCAACAUAGAAAAGACGAUCACUACCACUCCCAAAGACAUAGACCUCACUAAGAAGAACUGCGGUGACAACAUUUGUCUUCAGGUGAAGAUCUGUUUCAAACUGACCUCCAACUCCAAAAACUACAACCCAUCUCUCAGAAUCAAAUACUCCAUCCAGGUGGAAACAAAGAGGAAGCAGCAGGGACUUCCGUCUCGCGCCAUUUUCACCCCACCCACAGCCACCGACACGGACUAUGAGAGCACAGGAGUCAUGGAUCUAAAAACACAGAACGUGCUUGAAUGCUUAACAAAAACACUCAAACUUCAGGAUAACUUAAAGGACAAGCUGAGAGCCGUGCCCAUAGCCGUGAACGUGGAGAUUGUGAAGCAGUCAGGACGCAAGAAGAGACAAACUGGCCUCGUUCAGUUGAGUCCCAUCAUCGCUGCCAGCCAACCGACACUUGCUGAGGUGAAUUUUGUGAAAGAGGGCUGUGGCACUGACCUGAGGUGUCAGAGUAACUUGCAGCUGCAGUACAAAUUCUGCUCCCGAGAGCCCAAUCAAGACGUCUUCAACCCACUGCCACUUAACAACGGAGUGCCGGUCAUUUCACUCAGCCACCAGAAGGAGAUUGCUCUGGAGGUCGCGGUGACCAAUAAGAACGGAGACGACGCAUACGAGACCGUUCUGACCGCAUUGUUCCCCGACUCCCUCUCUUACUCCGCAAUUCGCACCAAAUCUGCUGACAAGCAGAUUUUCUGCGUGGCCAAUCAGAACGGGUCUAAAGCGGAAUGUGACGUAGGAAAUCCUUUCAAAAAAGACUCGGAAGUUGUGUUUUACAUCAUACUGAGCACUGCUGGGAUUUCCUUGGACACGAAUGAAAUAGAAGUUACACUUGAGCUUAAAACGACGAGCGACCAGGCACCACUGACAGUUACGAAGAAAGCAAAUGUUGUAAUUGAGCUGCUGUUGUCACUUUCUGGGGUGGCUAAGCCAUCUCAGCUGGAAUUCAGCGGAGCCGUCUUAGGAGAGAGCGCCAUGAAGAGGGAAGCGGAAAUCGGCAGCCAGAUCAACUAUGAAUUCCGGGUGAACAAUUUGGGAAAGCCUCUGAAGUCGUUUGGCACUGCAUUUCUGAACAUCGAGUGGCCCAAGAACACGGCAACCAAGAAAUGGCUGCUAUACCUGAUGAAGAUCACUACCGUGGGUACGGAUAAUAUCGCCUGCAAGCCAGAUGAAGUCAACACCCUUAGUUUAAGUUCGGAUCCGUCGUUAUCCAGGAGCAAGCGUGAAGUUAAUGAUGGAACUGAAACCGAAAACAAAGGAGUUUUAUCAUCUCUUUUUACUGACAAGAGGAAAUCUACAAUCUUGAUGUGUGAUGACGGUGCUUCGUGUGUGACGCUCAAGUGUCCUCUUCAGGGAUUGGACAGCAACGCCGUCAUCACGCUGAGAGCUCGUCUGUGGAAUAGCACCUUCUUAGAGGAUUACCAUGACAUGAAUUAUGUUGACAUAAUCGUGAAAGCGUCACUCAGUCUGGAGAAGGCUCCCAAAAAUGUGCUGCUGAACAAUAAAGAUACUCAGGUACGAGUGACUGUAUUCCCAGUACGUAAGGCAGCACAAUAUGGAGGUUUACCCUGGUGGAUCAUACUGGUGGCUAUAUUACUGGGCCUGCUCCUGCUUGGCUUAUUGGUCUUCCUGCUCUGGAAGUGUGGCUUCUUCGGCAAAAGCGAGCCAAAAAAUGAACCAGAGAAAGAGAGACUGACUUCUGAUGCAUAGCGAGAGGGAUUGACAAACAAAGUUCGAGCAGCUCUCUUUUGUGUGGAUUUUUCAAACGUUCCAAAUACACUGACAGCGUGCCAAGUUACAGCGCCGUGAGGAUUAAGAAGGAAGAGCGCACGCAUCCACUCGGGAAAGAGCAGCCUGCCUCGGGGGAAAAGAAACAGUGGAUGACUUCUUG